AUGGCUUGCCACGGUGACGGGAAAGCUUGUUUGCCUUUUGCCUCCCUAGAGCCGGUCGAUCAUGCCAAGCGUGCAAGGCGCUACCCCUCGGCCAACGACGAAGCCGCGGCGAGCGCGUGCCCACGUUUCGGAAAGCCAGGCGCCACAUUCCCGCUUUACGAGGAGCCCCGAAUCGAUGGUGAGGAGCGCAAGGAGAGAGAUGGAUAUAUGCUCGAAACGCUGUGA